GCUGUGCUUGCAAACUCCCCACCACUUCGGACUUUGAUUUCUCUUCUUCUCUCCUUCUCACCAGGUGCUGGGUAGCACUCAUUCUUUUCUCUCACGUCUUUGUCAAGUCAAUUCUACCUUUUGGGAAACCUUCCCACCUUUGAUCCACCUUUCCCUCUCUCCCCUCCCCCCCUCAAUGAGGUCCGGGAAGCUGUCCGGUAUCCGCACCCUUCUCCGUGCCGGCCUUCUACGAUGUGGCUAGACCGCAUUGCUGGCCAUUCGACUCCCUCGGGCCAGGUUGACAGUCGCAGCAAUUCCCCUCUUCCUCCCCGAAGAACAUCCUCUCGCUUAUCGCCUAACAUACAUAACAACCGUCCCGGGUCCAGUCGACAAACUUCCUCCUUAUCCGUCCUCCUGACUCCUAGUGAUUCGACCACCUCCCUUCCCGCAACCGCACGUGGUGACAGAUCGCCGCUGAGACAAAUCGCUGCAAGAUCCCGCCCCUCCGAUGUUGCUGACCCGCUCGAUGUUCUGAAUGGCAUUCUUGGGAAGCAGAAUGCCAACUGGGACUCGUCUCCGGAUGUGGACUUCGACUCGAAGCCUUCGGAACUUGUGGAGGACAUUGACUUCCAAGGGCUGAGCUUGGAGGAUUUUGUCUCCAAGAAGGAUGAACCGAGACGAAUUAUCAGCACUGAUGUCGGUGCUCAGACCGUUCAGCAGUUCGAAAGAGAACAGAACAAGUUUCAGGAUCUACAUUCGGCUAUCACCAGUUGUGACGAAGUCUCGAGCUCGAUGGAGACAUAUUUGAACGAUUUCCAGAAUGAACUCGGGACUGUUUCGGCAGAGAUAGAGACUCUGCAGUCUCGCUCAAUCCAACUGACUGCAAUGUUGGAAAACCGACGCAAUGUUGAACAGCUCCUUGGGCCUGCUGUGGAAGAGAUCAGUAUCUCUCCCAAAACAGUGAAGUUGAUUGCAGAGGGACCGAUCGAUGAGAAUUGGGUCAAAGCGCUCAAUGAGAUGGAAAGUCGGUCGGCAAGCAUUGAGGCCAAAGUCUCGGGCUCGAACAGCACCAAAUCCGUCGAGGACGUGCGGCCGCUUCUCACGGACAUCAAGAACAAGGCAGUGGAAAGAAUUAGGGAUUAUUUGGUGUCUCAAAUCAGAGCGCUACGGUCCCCCAACAUCAAUGCUCAGAUCCUCCAACAGCAGCGGCUGGUGAAAUUCAAAGAUCUAUACAGCUAUAUCUCCAGGGCCCACCCAGCACUUACGGGGCAAAUCACGCAAGCUUAUAUCAACACUAUGCGAUGGUACUAUUUGUCGCACUUCACGCGGUAUCGUCAAGCGCUCGAGUCAAUCAAGAUUUACCCCAGUGACCGGAACGAGGUUCUGGGAGGAGACCCGUCAGCUCACAAAACAGGCUCUGCAGUUGCCGGCAGUCGCGCAGGGUCUGCGGCGCACGACCCGUUUUCCCUAGGCAGGAGGGUAGAUAUUCUGCGGGCUGGUGCUCAGAUUGCCAUUUCUUCUUAUCUAGCAGAGGAAGAUAACUCCUUCCAUGGCCUUGAAGUGCCAUUCCGCAAUUUCAAUCUUGCCGUUGUGGAUAAUGUGUCUGCCGAAUACUCGUUCAUGACCGAGAUGUUCUCGACAUUGACCUUCCAACAAAUUUCGCGCAAGGCGGUCGAGAUUUUCGAACCAGUCUUUGGUCUGGGGCAAGCCCUGACAAAGCAGCUGAUCGAACACACGACGGAUGCGUUAGGAGUCUUGAUCUGCGUUCGAUUGAAUCAACACGCCGCUUUUGAGCUGCAGCGUCGCAAGGUCCCCGUUGCCGACUCGUACAUCAACGGAGUGAACAUGCAGUUAUGGCCACGAUUCCAGGUCAUCAUGGACACCCAGUGCGAAUCAUUGAAACGAGUGGCCGCGAAUACGGGUCGUAGUGCGGUAUCCGCUCUGUCCUUGGCCGGAGGCGACGAUCUGAACAAGUCGUCGGCGCCUCAUUUCCUCACGCAGCGGUUUGGCCAGCUAUUGCAUGGGAUACUGGUUCUCAGCAGUGAUGCAGGAGAUGAUGAGCCCGUUGCUAACAGCUUGAAGCGCUUGACAGCUGAGUUUGACAACCUUCUGACGAAGCUCAGCCGUAUUGGCGGUGAUGCGAAGAGACGGGAGAGAUUCCUUUACAACAAUUACUCGCUUGUUCUGGCUAUAAUUAGUGAUACCCAAGGUAAAUUAGCGGUUGAGCAGAAACAGCAUUUGGACGAGAUGCUGAAGAACGUGGGGAAGCGGUCUUGAUAAGAAACCGAUCGUAUCCUUUGUUGCAUUUAUCUUAUUUUCUGGUGUGCAUCGAUUGGUCCUACAUAUGUAUAAUUUUAAGCGUGCCAUAGACUCCAGUAGAUACUACUACUAUUUACCGUACCAU